AUGGCUGCGGCAAGUGGGGCGUCGAAGUCUUCUCGACGCAAGGCCGAGAGCAGCAGCCGCGAGGGAGGAUCAGUAGAGGGCGGCGGCCGAGAGCAGCACCCGCGAGGGAGGAUCAUUGUUAAGGAAGAUGAAAUGGAGAUCGGGCAUCCAACAGAUGUCAAACAUGUCGCACAUAUUGGCUGGGAUAGAGACUCUGUCCAUUCUCCAAGUUGGAUGAAAAGGUUCGAUUCCCCGUCGGAUUUCUCUUCUCCCAGCAAUGUUGGGCAAUCUAGGAGAUCAUCUUUGGCUUCUCGAGGAUUGGAUCGACCGAGAAGCAUUCAAACAUCGUUUCGAUCAACUAGUAGCUCUGAAACCGACGACAAUUCUACGACUCCAAAGAAGAUGAAGAGGAGAAGACACAGAGCUGCAUCCUCCUCGUCUUCAUUAACACAUGCACAUUCGAAAAGGUCUUCAAGACUGAAAGCUCCAUAUGUAGCUUCAUUGGGAGAUGAUCAUGAAGCACAAGACCAGCUUCGUGGAGUUUAA